AUGGCGAAGCGCGGGCCGGCUAUGGGGAUGCUGCUGCCCGGGGUCCUGCUGACCCUGGUGGUGGCCCUGGUGGGCCGAGGGGCCGCCGCACCCAACGGCACGCGGCCCGCCGACCUGGGGCACGGCUGGGACGGCCUGGUGGCCCGCUCCCUAGCACGCCUGCCGGUGGCCGCGCAGCCCCAGCAGGCGGCGGCCCGCAGCGGCGCAGGGGACUACCUGCUCGGCCUCAAGAGGCUGCGGCGGCUCUACUGUAACGUGGGCAUCGGAUUCCACCUGCAGGUGCUGCCCGACGGCCGCAUCGGCGGCGUGCACGCGGACACCGGCGACAGCCUUCUGGAGCUGUCUCCGGUGCAGCGGGGCGUGGUGAGCAUCUUCGGAGUGGCCAGCCGGUUCUUCGUGGCCAUGAGCAGCCGGGGCAAGCUCUUCGGUGUGCCUUUCUUUACCGACGAGUGCAAAUUCAAAGAGAUACUUCUUCCCAACAACUACAACGCCUACGAAUCUUACGUGUACCCCGGCAUGUUCAUGGCCCUCAGCAAGAACGGGCGGACCAAGAAGGGCAACCGCGUGUCGCCUACCAUGAAGGUAACCCACUUCCUUCCCAGACUGUGACCCUCCGGAGCCCCGCCUCAGCCUCGGAAGCACACCCCACCCCUCAGGAGGAGCACUUUCUCUCGCUGGAGAACUGUUUGCAAAAACAGGUGUAAGAUAUUUAAAUUAAUUAUUUAAAUAUGUAUAUACGGACGGCCAAUUAUUUAUAAUCCUGUGUAUUUUCAUCUUCUGGGGGAAAACGACCAAAGGAACAAACAAAUCAGACGCAGCUCGGACUUUUUUUUUUUUUUCUGGUUCAGCGGGAUGAACUUCCUUCACUGUCAAAAGUCCAGGCUGUGCUGCUAUUUCAUGCGUCGAGUCUCUAAAACUCGGUGACAUCAGCUUUCAAGGGUGUCUUGGCCUCUUCUGUGUCUGGAAAGGCCUGCCUGGGACCUCUGAGCCAGUGACGGGAGGACCCUGGGCUCUCUCCUUCUGUCGGGGAGCCAGCGUCCUGCAGCAGCCGCUCCCUCACUCAGCUCCCUCUGGUAUGAACCCGGUCGGAUCGGUUUACUCCAGGGACAGAAGCGCGUCCUGGAAGUCCUCCCGCCUCUGUUUUUAGAUCUCCAAGAACUGAUCUUUGAACUCUCUUGCAGUCAAUCUUCUUCAACCUACCGGAUGAGAGACCCUUAGACAACUUUAUAAACUCCUGCUUGCCUUUUUUGGACUGACCAACAGGGCAUGUGGCUUGUAGCCAUUGGAACUUUUGUCAGUUGCCUGGGAAGGGACAAGGAGGUGUGUGUGUGUGCGCGCGCGCGCGUGCGUCACGACUCAAACCCUAGGAAUGAAAUUCUGUUUUGUGAUAGAGGAUGAUAUGACAGAAUGCAUUGUCAGGAUAUAACAGAAUGGAUUUUGCAGAAUUCAAACUAGGGGGGAAAAAACAGGCUCCCCUGAAUUUAGGGGCGCUUUGUGCUGGAACUCCAUCAUUUGAGGGUGAGCUGUCCUUGCCAUGCUGGGCAGCACUCCUGUGCUGUCCCAGGGUGAACACAUUCUUUUCCCUUCUACCUCAGAGUUUCUGGGUCCCUGGUGACCACGCAGAAGGCUCUGCUGGGUGCGUCCGCCUGCUUCUCCUCCCCGUGUAGCAUCCCGCGCCCCGCUGGACUCUUGUCACGUUCCAGCUAUCUUUACCCAAUGAUUUACUUUUAGUAAGGGGUAUUCAUGGUGAAAAUAUGCGCGGCCAGCUGUCGGAGUGCACUGUAUGGUCACCAAGUCAAGUAACCCUUAUACUUUUCUUUAUAUAUUUUACGAAUGUAACCCCUGUCGCUCAGACCAAGAUGGAAGAGCAGGGUUAGCGGCAUUUAAAAAAAGGGGGGGGGGCUGAGGUGAGGGAGAACAUUUAAUUUUAAUGAAUGACUCUUUGGAGUUUAUACAAAAUGACCUUAGCUCCUUCAGUGGAUGCCCCGAAUGCUUCUCCCCAAGAUGUUAAGGCGCUGCUGCGAGGCUUCUGAGCCGCCUCCCGAAUUAACUUUAUGGGAGGCUACAGACAGCAAGACGGGGGAAAAUCUGAUUGGCAUUUUUUUUGUCUUUCACAUUCCUGUAGAAAACUCUUUGUUUGAAUGCUAAUCGGAUACUUAAAAUACUAUUCUGUACCGAGGCCCAAGAAGGAAGAAGCCACGCCCCAAAGCUGAGGUGGGCGCACAUCCCAAACUUCCCUUUCUGUCUGGUGGCUUACCGGACAAUACAGAUUUGGGUGUUUUUUUUUGUUUGUUUGUUUUUUUUUUUAAACAGGCCCUAGACUCUGAGAGUGUUCAGGAGAAGGUAGUUGAAGGUCUUUUGUUUCUUUUUGUUACUUUUAAAAGACUGGGUGUCCUAGCCCAGGCUGGCCCUGAACUUUCUGUGUUGAAAGAGGAUGACCUUGACUUUCUGAUCCUCUCCCCCCCACCACACACACACACACACACACACACACCCUGCUUCCCAAGUGCUGAGAUCACAGGCAUGCCCACAGAUUGAAAUCAGUGCCUGCCAGGCCACUCAACAGAGCUAGAUCUCCCUCCUUUUUUGGGGGGGUGAGGGGUGGGAUCGGGCUUUAUUCAGUAGCCCAGGCUGGCCUCCUCCUGGAGUCAACCAAGUGCCGAGACUGCAGGUGGAAGGCAUCUGCCCUGCUCUGAGGGGUUUCUUGGGAGCUGUGCUGCCUGGGGCAGGCUGCGGUCCUCUCUGUCCGCCUGUGCCUGGUUUCUUCAGCCAGCUCCCUUCCCUGUGCCAGGAGACAAGGCUGUGCCUUUGGAGUUUUGUUGCUGGGAUGAGUGAGGUUUCUGAAUCCGCCCCCUGUUACCGAGUUGGUCUGUAGUUGAUACAGGCGUCGACCCGGAAAUCGUAUGUGCUGUGCACAGUGUGGGUGCCCCAUCCAAAAGAAGCAUUCAGUCAUGUAUAGAGGGGCCCCUGGGGACUGAUGGGGACGGUCGGGAAAGAUAUUAAAAUGGCAACGUGUCAUUUUAAUAAACGUGU